AUGCCUCCUCGAAAGAAGGCAGUUGCUGAACCUGAUUCUCAACAACUCCCUACAAGAUCCCUGCGAAAGAGAAAUCAUCAAGAUCUCGAGGCCAUCCCAGAAAGCGACCAAGAAACGUCGUCCCCUGUAAAACGACAACGCAGCUCAAUCAGCGAAUCACCUAUACCCGUUGGCGAAACGAAUGGCUACAUAGAUAGCUUCACUUCAAAUGGCACUGGCGGCCACGCAACAAGCGAGUCUGAAUCAUUAACGAAGGUCGACCAAGACGAAACCCCUAAACCAGCUCCCAAACGGCGAGGUCGACCACCGAAGAAGCCUGUGAAUGUCGGCGAGACCCCGACACCGAAAGCGAACCGUACUGCUCUGUUCGAAACACCCACGAAGAAGACAACCUUUUCUUUCAAUGGCGCUACACCAGGGGGAGCAGAUCGAUCUGCGAAGCGAAAGAGUACAAGAGCCCUGAUAGAACAUGUUGUUGGAGACGAUCUCACCGAUGAGGAAGAAUAUGAAGACCUCGCGCAGCAAAUUUACGAGUCUAGUGAAGACGAAGAUGCUAUGGAGGGCGACGUUGCUAUCUCCACAGAAGCACCAGCCCUGGAUGAAGCUGCGACACCCUCUAAAAGUACAGCUCGGCGAAAACCACAGCGAAAGAAGACAGCCAGGUCUCCGACUCCUCCUCGCGACUUGCCACCUCAUGAAUUAUACUUUGCGCAUAAUAAGCCCGGGCGAGCAAAGACUUCGAAUAACACGUUGGGAUCACUCGCUCUACUUACACACGACGAAUACUUUACCAUUGUGAGAGAAACCAAGGAUCACCAUGAACCUGAUAUCGAAUCUUUAGAGAGUCUACAUUCCGAAUCAUUUCCGCAGUGGGCAUUUCAGUUGUCGCAAGGGUUCAAUUUGUGUUUGUAUGGGUACGGUUCGAAGCGAAGACUACUGCACAAGCUUGCAGGUUACCUUCAUGCUCGGGGUAAACAGGACAAGGGAGACAAGAUUGUCAUAAUCAACGGCUAUGCUCCUAACACCACCAUGCGUGAAAUAUUGAGUACUGUUGGUGCAGCUAUCGACCCAGCCCAAAGGAUACCCCUUGGGCAACCCUCCGUUAUGGUCCCGGCCAUCCUCUCUCAUCUCGGCAUCUCCAGUGCAACGAUUACACUCAUCGUUAACUCAAUUGAUGCGGCUCCACUCCGAAAAUCUGGCUCACAAUCUGCUUUGUCACAACUCGCGGCGCACCCUCAAAUACGCCUUGUGUGCUCAGCGGACACACCCGAUUUUGCACUACUCUGGGAUAUUGGUGUGCGGUCUGCUUUUAACAUGGGGUUUCACGAUUGUACAACGUUUGCCCCGUAUGGCGCCGAGUUGGAUGUUGUGGAUGAGGUGCACGAGCUUCUUGGACGGAACGCCCACCGAGUCAAUGGCAGGGAAGGUGUUGCAUUCGUUCUGCGUAGUUUGCCCGAGAACGCUAAGAAUCUGUUUCGUCUAUUGGUUGGUGAGGUGCUCAUUGCUAUUGAAGAAGAGGGCGAUAACGGCGACGAACCAACGGGCGUCGAGUAUCGAAUGGUGUACAACAAGGCAGUGGAGGAGUUCAUCUGCAGUUCCGAGAUGGCGUUCCGGACACUGCUUAAAGAAUUUCACGACCAUCAAAUAAUUACGAGUAUGAAGGAUGCUUUAGGAACAGAGCUAUUGAGCCUACCGUUUAGAAAAGACGAGCUGGAGGCAAUCCUAGAGGAUCUCAUGGCAUAA